AUGCUGAAGUUUCUCUAUAUCGGGGCUAUUUGCCUCCUUCUCUAUGCAGUGCGAUCAAUCGCAACGGUCGUGUCGGACCAGCGCAAGGCCAGAGCCCUUGGCUGCCAGCCAGCUCGCUGGAUCAGAAACCGGUUGCCAUUAGGGUUGGAUCUGGUCCAGAAGUUCAAGACGGCCUUUGACGCUGGCUGUUUCCAGGAAGAAGUGGCAAAAAUAUUUGCUGAACAAGGAUCUCGGACUUAUGGAUUGAACAUAUUGGGUUCUAAUUUCUACCAAACUUUCGAACCGAAGAAUAUCCAAGCUUUGCUUGCCACUCAAUUCUCCGAUUUUGCGUUGGGUGAUUUACGGCGACAGGCAUUCUUUCCCCUGUUGGGAAACGGUAUCUUCACAACUGAUGGCAAGGCAUGGGAGCAUUCUAGAGCAAUGAUCCGACCACAAUUCGUACGAGACCAAGUAUCUGACCUCGCGCAUGAAGAGAAUCAUGUGCAAGAGCUGCUUCAACAGCUAGUCACCGACCGGUCUGGCUGGACUAAGCCGACAAAUAUCACCUCCUUGAUGUUCCGGCUGACUUUGGACUCUGCCACUGAAUUUCUCUUUGGUACCAACGUAAAUUCUCAACGUCAGGCUGGCAACCGGAGCGAGACAGCCUUAUUCGAAUGGAAGACUCUGUCUGCGAGCUUCGACUCGGCUAAAAACCAUUUGUGCAGUCGUAUGCAGCUUGCCGAGUUUUACUGGCUACACAAUCCCAAGGAAUUCCGAGAAAACAUUCGAGAGGUGCAUCGCUUCGCCGACUAUUGCGUCCAAAACGCACUCAAACGGGUUGAAGAGCUUGACCAACAGUCCGAAAAGUCUAGUAUUACGCAAAAUUAUACUUUCCUUGAUGAACUCGCCAAGGUUACCAAGGAUCCUGUUGAGCUGAGAGGCCAGACGAUGAACCUCCUCCUUGCCGGUCGAGACACUACUGCAAGUCUUCUCAGCUGGACAAUGUGGCUCUUAGCUCGUCAUCCAGCUGUUUUUAAUAGGCUGCGCAGUCAUAUACUUGAAGAAUUUGGGCCGUAUGAACAAACAGAGAAAAUCACGUUCAGCUCGCUGAAGUCCUGCACAUAUCUUCAACAUGUCUUGAAUGAGGUACUACGUCUGUACCCCCCUGUUCCCAUGAAUUCGCGACGAGCUAUUAAGGACACCACUCUACCUCUUGGAGGAGGGCCGGAUGGAAAGGCACCUCUUUUUGUCAAAAAGGGAGUUGAAGUGGAAUACUUUGUCUAUGUAAUGCAUAGAGCAGAGGAAUUCUGGGGCAAGGAUGCAAACGAGUUCAACCCAGACCGCUGGGUAGAUCGCAAAUGUGGCUGGGAAUAUUUACCAUUCAAUGGCGGGCCGCGAAUCUGCUUGGGGCAGCAAUUUGCUCUCACUGAGGCGGGCUACGUUAUCACAAGGCUUUUGCAGAGAUUUGAUCAGUUGAAGCUGGAGGAUGAGUCUUUUACGCCAGUGCAUCGAUUAGGUCUUACCGAUGCGCCGCAAGAGUACAAUGUUUAUCUUCACAAGAGCAGUCAGUAA